UAACAAUAUGCAUUUCAAUCCAUUUCCUGUUUCCGGGACUAGGAUCAGACCGAUUGACUGAGCCGGUUACUAAGAUAUAAACAUAAAAUACGGACGCUAUCUUUGUUCACACCAGGUGAUUUAUCAGUUAAACCAGACUAAUCCUCCACGGAACAAUGGACACAGGCCUGAGUCAGGAGAAGAUCUCCUCCUUCGCGAAGCGUUUCCGGGCAGAGCCGCGCUACCUGCUGGCCCAGAAUGUCUCCACCUGCAUCGACCCGCUGGAGGUCUGCCUGCACAGGCAGACGGUACAAGACACAGUGCACAUCUUCCAGCACUCCAUCCCAACGGAGGGAAAGCCCGUCACCAACCAGAAGAACUCUGGAAGAUGUUGGAUCUUCUCCUGUCUCAAUGUGAUGCGUCUUCCCUUUAUGAAAAAGUUUAACAUCGAAGAGUUUGAGUUCAGCCAGUCCUACCUCUUUUUCUGGGACAAGGUGGAAAGGUGCUACUACUUCUUGCAAGCGUGUGUUGAGACAGCUCUGCGGAACGAGGCUGUGGACGGGCGGCUGGUCCAGUUCCUGCUGUCCAACCCCACGAACGACGGGGGCCAGUGGGACAUGCUGGUCAACCUCAUCGAGAAAUAUGGAGUCAUCCCAAAGAAGUGCUUCCCUGAGUCGCACAGUUCUGAGGCCUCCAGGAGAAUGAAUGACAUACUCAAUCACAAGCUGAGGGAAUACUGUCUCCGACUGAGGAACAUGGUGGCCAGCGACUCCACUAAAGCAGAGCUGACCGAUGCCAUUGACACCAUGAUCGAGGAGGUGUUCCGCGUGGCCAGCGUGUGCCUAGGCAGUCCACCCGAGACCAUCUGCUGGGAGUACAGGGACAAGGACAAGAACUUCCACCGAAUGGGCCCCCUCACACCCCUGCAGUUCUACAAGGAGCACGUCAAGCCCCUCUACGACAUGCAGGAGAAGGUCUGCCUGGUGAAUGACCCCAGGCCCCAGAACCCCUAUGGGAAGAUGUACAGCGUGGAGUUCCUGGGGAACAUGGUGGGCGGCCGCCGAACACUCUACAACAACCAGGCCAUACAACUGCUGAAGCAGACCGCAGCCAACUCCAUCAAGGAGGGAGAGGCCGUGUGGUUCGGCUGUGACGUGGGGAAGCACUUUCACGGCAAGCUGGGCAUCAAUGACAUGAACGUGUUUAACCACGAGCUGGUGUUCGGGGUCUCGGUGAAGAAUCUGUCCAAGGCCGAGAGGCUGAUGUACGGGGACUCCCUCAUGACCCACGCCAUGAUCCUCACAGCCGUCACAGACAAGGAUGGGAAAGAAGGAGAAUAUGAGAAGUGGAGAGUGGAGAACUCCUGGGGAGACGACCGUGGGAACAAAGGUUAUCUGAUCAUGACAGAUGAUUGGUUCUCAGAAUAUGUAUACGAGGUCGUGGUGGACAAGAGGUUUGUCCCAGAUGAAGUCCUGGAAGUGAUGAAACAGGAACCCGUUGUACUUCCUGCCUGGGAUCCAAUGGGGGCCCUCGCAUAACCUUGGAAACAGGAUGCUGCCUUGCCUUGGUCUCAGCCCUGGUCUGUGUGACUCCGCCCCAUCUCUCUCUGGGUUUACCCUCCUGGACAAUGGACUGUUCUACACAAAAUCUCUUUUUUUAAAACUGGAAUUAGUCUACAACUUUCCUUUUGCGUUGUCGGUCUCUCCAUCUGUUGUUCCAUGCAUUUCUCUUUCUUCCAGUUCUGUUAUUCAUUCAGCAAGAAUUUUUAUUGUGCACUGCUUGUGAACAUGCCACCCCCCCACCCACUCCCCAAAAAAAUGGAUGGUCAUGGGUUCAAUAAUCUGUGCGUCAGUGAGCUUGGCAUUUUCAGUCACAAGAUUUAUAUUGUGAUUACGAUUGAACACACAACCUUUUCUCCAUCCAGUACGCAACACGUCCCCUUGCUUCGCCAGGGAUCAGCGAGAGACAGGCUGAGCCUAGUGCCAAGUGUGGCGUGGGUGAGUUUGUCAUACACGUAGAAUGAGAGUGACCAGACAGGUUCUCCUCGCUGUUACUACGCAGCCCAUUCGUUUGCCAGACCCACUUACCCAGAACGUAUUGCAAAUCCAUCAUGGUGAGAUGUGUUAUACGCACAGAAGAGCCGAGAGUAGCUGAGUCUUAACUGAAUAACAGCAGUGAAGGUAUAUGAUUUCUCAUAUGAAUUCUCAAACACAUUUCUUAAUGAUGAAAAUGCACAAAUAGCACUGAAAAACUUAGUUGCUGUCCUCCAGUGACGGCAGUUUUAAGGACUGUCUUGCAGUUUAUAAACCAAACCAAACCAAACUUUGUCCCUAUCUAUUAUUUCUAUAUCUAUGGCGCAGACGCUCCUUUCCCUUUCCAGUACACCUCCCAGCUCUGUGAGCUGUCCUUCAUUGCCAUUCUUCUCAAUAAAGCCAAGUGGUCUAGCUCAGCAGUGGAGAAGAGGUGUGUGCGCAUGUGCGCAUAUGUGCGUGUUCUCAUGUUGAGUCAAGUCAGACGGGUAGGAGGAAAAUGCAUAUUAAAGUGGAAUAUACAGAC